AUGAAUUAUCAAUAUUUACCAUCAACUUUCAUUCAUAAUUUAAUUAAUAAAUAUUUAGUUUGUCAUGAUCAAUUGAAAGCUAGCAUCAUUUACAAGGAACUUCUUGUUCUUAAUGAACAAACUUUCGCCACCAUGCUACGGUCAUCAUCUCAAAUUAAUUUAACUGAAUUAUUUCGCUCAAUAAUAAGAAAUUAUUCUAAAUAUAUUGAAAUAAAUGAAUGUUUAUGUAUAGAGAACUUGACAGUUUCCUGGCCUUAUAUUCUACCACGGUCAUUCGAUGUUAAUACGUUAAAUAAACCUGAUCUGUUAACAUCUCACGAACUAAAUUUUUUCCAUUUAUACGGUGAAAUUCCACCAACACCUCCACAAAUUGUUACAGCAUUUCAAGAUUUUCAUUAUAAUCUUACACAACGAUUCUCAUUUAAUAAAAUAGCUCCAUUCAUCAAUUUUAAUUUAUUUAGUUUGCUUGGUGGUUCAGUUUUGAUGUCUAUUUUACACGAUGUACCAGAAACUAUGACAUCUGAUCUUGAUUUCUUUUAUGUCAGUCAUUCUUUCAAUAAUUUUAUUCAAACAAUAAGAACAAUUCAACAUAAUUUAAGCAAUAUCUAUUUUACGAAAAAUACUAUUCUAUCAAGAGAACGAGUAUAUCAAAGAGAAUUAAUAUUAUGUACUACAAUAAGAGAAUUAAUACAAGAAUCCACCAGUCAAAAGAAAAUUUUAUUACAAUUCAUCUAUCAUCCAAAACUUUUAUCGAUAGAAACAUAUUUAAUGGCAUUUGAGCUCGACAUUGCUCAAAUUGCUUAUAAUGGACGUAAAGUUGUUUGCACAUGGGCAUGGAUUUGGUCAAUAAAUACUAGUACGUUUAUUUGCUAUAAUCUAACAAACAACAUUCAUACAUUAAAACGUGCAGCAGUUCGCAUUAAAAAAAUAUUCGCAACGAGGUUUUAA